AAUAUUCCGACAGUCCAGGAAUGCAGCAUUGGGUUUGGUUUACGCCUCAAACGCUUGAAAAAUGCUGAAGGAAAAGGGGUUAUUUUGGCAUCUAUGUGAAGAACAACACGUCUUUAAAAACUCUGUAUAACAUAGUAGGCUCACAAUGAAUGAAGAAGCAAAGAUGCGAACCAGAUGUCAUCUUUUGGACUUGCCCUGGGAGGAUGUACUUGUUCCACAUAUUUUGUGCUAUUUGCCGCUGCAACACCUUGUCAGCCUGCAGAGGGUGAGCAAGCAGUUCCACAGCCUCAUCCAGAUGUAUUUGGCCAACUGCAGGACUUUUGAGCUGUCCUCGAUUGGACCAUCCAUUCCCAAGGAAGCGUUUUGCUCCAUCUUAAAAGACAACAAACUUCUCCACAGCCUGUCACUCCAGAACUGUUCAGCCUGGGUGACAGACAAGGAGCUGCUGCCAGUAAUCGGCCAGAACCAGCACCUGCAGAAAGUGGACAUGAGCGGAUGUGUUUGUCUCACCCGUCACUCCCUGGUGGCCGUGUCCUUGAGCUGCAUGCACCUCCAACACCUCGGCCUGGCGCACUGCGAGUGGGUGGACAGCCUGUCCCUGCGCAGCCUGGCUGACCACUGCAGGGGGCUGCAGUCCAUUGACCUCACCGCCUGCCGCCAGCUCAAAGACGACGCCAUCUGCUACCUGGCCAAGAAGUGUUUGAAGUUGAGGUCUCUAUCUUGUGCAGUCAACGCCAACGUCACUGACGAGUCGGUGGAGGAGGUGGCCAAAAACUGCAGGGGCCUGGAGCAGCUGGACCUGACAGGCUGCCUGCGGGUCAGGAACCAGUCCAUCAGGACUCUUGCAGAGUACUGCCCGAAGCUGCAGUCCUUGAAGGUGAAUCACUGUCACAAUGUGACAGAGUCAAGCCUGGAUCCUCUACGGAAGCGCAAUGUAGUGAUCGAUGUUGAGCCGCCUUUACAGAGAGCUCUGGUGCUUCUUCAAGAUGUGCUGGGGUUUGCUCCCUUUAUCAAUCUCCAGAUAUAGCCAAAGGGCUGUCUGCACACAGGUGUCCUCGUCAAAGCAGUCACUCACAGCUACAUCACAUGUACGUGAGUUGCUCUCACAUCAAGACAAUUCAAGUUGACCUGGAUGUUUUUACACUCAAGUUUAAAAAUUAUGUCGACAAAAACACUCACUGGAGUGUGAUCAAAAAUGCAUAUUUAAGAUGAAACUGAAAACAAGUUUGCAUUUGCAAAUGACUGAAGAAAGCCAUGUACUUUUAAGAAUUGCUGCCUCAUGUCCAAAAGAUGUCACUGCACUUUGGUAAUCAUUCAGUGUUGUAAUAAUGUGGCUAUUUAAGUACAGACAAUUAAGUAAAGUGUAUUGUUUUUUUUUUAACAAUCUACAUACUUUGUGCGUAUGACACUUUAAGAAACAUUUAAUCUUAUGUUUCAUUUAGAAACAUUAAAAAAAACGUUUGAGUUUCAUUAAACAUUUCAUUUUUCCAUGUAUAUAUGUGCCAGUUUAAACGAUAAAUUCACCCAAAUCACACAAAAAUAUUUUUCCUCACUUGCGGUUUUUUAGUGUGUCUCCAAUACUGAGACCUCUGCUUUCACCAAAAUACCAUGAAGGUGAAUGCAAUUUUGUUAGUGGUGCUUAGGCAUGGGCUGGUUACCGGUUUCAAGGUAUGUCAUGGUUUGAAAAAGUCAAAAAUGUUCAAAACCACUGAACGUUUCUGUCAUAUCAAGGUAUGAGCUGUUUUUUUUUGUGAGCGGUCAAUGACAUAAAGUACAGUUUAGAAACCCCUCGCUCUGCCAGUGUGUAGUGCGUUAAAUACAUUGUUUUCAAUGGAAAAAAGUUGUUUUUUUGACCCAGACAUUUUAAAAACAAAAAUACAUUUUAAAGCUGUAAUUGCAAUACCUUGAAUCUGUGAUGUUUGUCCUGACGGUUAUCAUACCGUCAGAAUCUCAGACCGGCCCAUGCCUAGUGGUGUUGACCAUGUGUCUUCCAGAAUUGACGUCCUGGCUCCUCAGGCUAAUCCACAGACCUCACUGGCAACUGUGUUUAACUACUUCCAAAUAAAAAUUGUUGACAAGCUU